AUUCUAUCAGAAACAGUUUGGACAAGAUGUGGAGAGAGACAACAUCGUUGGUGGUACUGCUACUUCUAGUACACAGAAGUCAUGGUGGUUGUCUUCCUUCUUCCUGUGGCAACAUCACCAACAUCACUUAUCCAUUUCGAUUUAAAGGCGACCCAGAGAAGUGCGGCCAUCAACUACAACAACUACACCGUCAGAGUGGUUGACCCUACAAUUCAACACCACAACUGCUCCUCCCUUCCUCUCCGUUCUCUCUCUCGCUCCAAUUUCUCUGAUACUUACACUUACCCCACGGAUCUAUACCAAGUUGGUUUAAGAGAUUAUCGUAAUUGGGAAUCUCUGAGUUUCGAGCAUAUAGUGUUUUUGAAUUGUAACCAUUCAGUGAGAGAGAAUGAGAAGUAUGUGGAGACUGGAGAGUGCGUGAAGUGGGAUUCCAAGGGCUAUGCAUAUGCAGUUGGUGGUGACCUAAAAGCUGAGGACUUUGAAGUUGGGUGUGACGUAAAGCUUGUUGCUCCAACAUCUUUGAGAACUUUGAAUAACCAUUCCUACAAUUCCAUGCACAGGGGAUUGGCCUAUGGAUUUGAGAUUUCAUGGCUGAAACUCGCCUGUCAUAAACAUUGUCCACUCUCACAAAGCAGUUGCUAUUUCGACUAUUCUAGCCAGAAGUUCAAAUGCUUUGGUAUACUGGAAGAGCUGACACUCCAGGCAUCAAGAAUUUCCCUACUUAUCAUCAUGGCAUGGGCUUGCAAAAUUGUGUUUGGGGUGCCACUGAUUGUUGCACUUGUGAUAUGUAAAUGGAGGAAAAGACGUGCAUCAAUGUUUGAAAAUAUUGAAAAUUACCUUGAACACAAUCAGUUAGCACCUAUCAGAUACUCAUACAAGGAAAUUAAGAAGAUGACGAAAAGUUUCAAAGAGAAGUUAGGUGAAGGAGGAUUUGGCUCUGUGUUUAAGGGAAAGUUGCGCAGUGGAUCUUCUGUGGCAAUCAAAAUGUUAUCCAGAUCCAAAGGAAAUGGACAAGAUUUUAUCAAUGAAGUUGGAACCAUUGGAAGAAUACAUCAUCAAAAUGUGGUACAGUUAAUUGGAUUUUGUGUUAGUGGCUCAAAGCGCGCUCUUGUGUAUGAAUUGAUGUCCAAUGGUUCUCUUGAUAAACUUAUAUUUUCAAAAGAAGGAAGUGCACAAUUAAGCUAUGAAAAGAUAUACAAUAUAUCAGUUGGAGUGGCUCGUGGGAUUUCUUAUCUUCAUCAUGGAUGUGAGAUGAAGAUUUUGCAUUUUGAUAUCAAACCACAUAACAUCUUACUAGAUGAAAACUUUAUCCCAAAGAUUUCCGACUUUGGAUUGGCAAAGUUAUAUCCAGUAGAAAACAGCAUUGUCUCAGUGACUGCAGCAAGAGGAACCAUUGGAUAUAUGGCUCCAGAAUUGUUCUACAAUAAUGUUGGAGGAAUUUCUCAUAAGGCUGAUGUUUAUAGUUUUGGAAUGCUUUUGAUGGAGAUGGCAAGCAAGAGGAAGAACCUAAAUCCUCAUGCGGAUAGAUCAAGUCAAAUUUACUUUCCAUUUUGGAUCUAUGAUCGUAUUAGAGAAGAGGAAGAUAUAGAUAUACAAGAUUUGACUGAAGAGGAAAAGAAAAUAACAAAGAAGAUGAUCAUAGUUGCACUUUGGUGUAUACAAUUGAAACCAAAUAAUCGUCCCUCAAUGAAUAGAGUGGUAAAAAUGCUUGAAGGAAAUAUUGAAGACCUCGAAAUACCUCCAAAAUCUACUUUAUAUCCUGAUGAAAUGAAUAUAGAUGAUCAAACAAUAAACUCAAAGUCCACAGACUUCGACACAUUCUCUUAAGUAAUUCAUGUAAGCUGCAACUAUGCAGCUAAUCCUUUAAUGAAGCAUGCUAUUUGACAAUUCAUAA